AUGAGCUCGACUAUCCUGCCCCUCGAAUUGAUUGAUCGUUGUAUCGGCUCGCGGAUUUGGGUGAUCAUGAAGACGGGACGCGAAUUUACGGGGAAGCUGCUGGGCUUUGACGACUACGUUAACAUGGUACUAGAAGAUGUAACAGAAUUGUAG